GAAUCAGGUGGUUUGAACCUUGUUUGCAGUCGCUAAUCACACUACAUUUCCCAUGGUGCUUAGGUCAGAAGAGGGGUUUGGCUUUUUGGGCGCGCGGUGUGAGGAAAACUAUUUGAAAGAAAAAAAUGGCGGAUAAACAUUCAGAAGCUGGACAAGAAUGUUGCGGAAGGGUCGCCGUUGCUGAUAACGUUAACAUUAUCCAGAAUGAGGUCAACUUGGUGAAACGGAAAUCAAAAAGAUGCUCAUCUGCAAGCCCCAGCACAGCUCCCCCAAACAAAUCUGUCCGCAAAGUUACCGACCUCCUAUCACCCGCCACACAGACACCAGAUGCAGGGGAAGGACAGUCCGAGACAGACAAACUAGAAAUGCAGACAGACAACACGGAGGGACCUUCAAGUCCCACUGUCAACCCCACUGCACGGAGGAAAUCCUGGAGGAGAGGCACCAUAACCCGACGCUCUCUCCGUGCACUUACCAACCCAUAUCAGGUUUUGUGCAGGAGCAUAAGUGCAUCCUUAUCGCAGCAAAACAGGCUUGAGAAAUUGAUGGAGGCUUCAAUGAGGCUGGCAAUAGAAAGAACUCACAAUUCACUGCAGUCUGUGCCGGACACCUCACUGGAGUCUUUUCAAAAACAAGUUGAACACAUGCAGAAAGAGUGGGGUUAUCUGGCCAAAAGCAUACGCGAUGAACCAGGGUGUCAUCAACUCCCUGCUAGAGAAGCCAGUUCUAGUGACCCUGCAGUGCAAAAAGUCCGGAAAGCCAUCAAUAGGCUCCAGGCUGAAAGUGAAUCCUGGGAGGCACUGUUGAACAAACACAGGAGUAAAGCAGAGGAAUUGAAAAGGAAAGUGGAGCAGGGCCAGCAAGGAGGCGUAUCAUUAGACUCUACAUCUAUGGCCCAAUCCUCACAGUACCAUUUCAUACAGAGUAAACCCGACUACCACGCUCUCCUCUGUAGACAACAGCCCAAGCUUCAUACCAUGGCAAUGAUCAUGGACACUCAGAGUAAGAUGGUUACAGAGCUUCUGUCCAUCAAGGAGCAGUCACAGAUAUUGGUGAAAGAGACCAGUGGCCGAUUGGUGGCAGAGGCAGGAUUCCAGGAUCUUUCACCUGGUCUCAUCAGGAACCUCAUGGUAGCACCUUUACCCUCAGCAACUACGUAAUCACAGGCAGGAGGCAAGCGCAAGCAAUCAAUCAUCUGAUGGACCAUGACUCUUUAUGACUUGUAUAUGAAGCUCAUAUAUGUGUACUUUCUGUUAAUUUUGCUGUUAUGUGAUUUGGGAACAAUUUCUUUGCUCUGUCUUUGUUGUCUUGUGUUAUUGGAUAAAGUAAGCCCUAAUUUUAUGGUUUCUGUGUAACAAAAAAAAAAAAA